UGGGAUGAAGCCUGUGAUUGUGGUGCAUGGUGGAGCCGGACGGAUCUUUAAGGAACGAGAAGAGGGAUGUCGUGCUGGUGUGGUCAGAGCUGCUCUGCAAGGGUACAGUCUCCUGAAACAGGGAGGCAGUGCCCUAGAUGCAGUUGAGGAGGCAGUGCGAUCCAUGGAAGACGAUUCUCACUUUAAUGCAGGCUGUGGAUCUGUUCUAAAUCAAAAAGGUGAAGUAGAAAUGGAUGCCAUUAUCAUGGAUGGAAAAAAUUUAGACUCUGGAGCAGUGUCUGCAGUUAAAUGUGUAGCAAACCCAAUAAAACUUGCUCGACUUGUCAUGGAAAAGACGAAGCACAUACUGCUGACAGAGAGUGGUGCGCACCUCUUUGCUCAGGCCAUGGGCAUUCCUGAGACUCCAGGGGAGAAACUCAUCACCAAGAGAUCUCUGGAAAGAUGGAAGAAGAACCUUGAGCCAGAUUCCAACCCUGAAGAGUUUCAGAAAGACCUUGGAACAGUUGGUGCUGUUGCUGUAGACAGUGAAGGAAAUGUAGCUUGUGCAACAUCCACUGGAGGACUCUCUAAUAAACUGGUUGGCCGUGUUGGGGACACAGCAUGCAUAGGAAGUGGAGGUUAUGCUGAUAACAGUUGUGGUGCCACUUCAACCACAGGACACGGGGAGAGCAUUAUGAAAGUGGUCUUAGCCCGACUGAUCCUCUACCACAUGGAGCAAGGAAUGCCACCAGAGAUGGCUGCUGACACUGCAUUAGACUACAUGAAGACACGAGUUGGGGGCUUGGGAGGUGUUAUUGUUGUUAGCAGUUCAGGAGAGUGGGCAGCAAGGUUCUCCACCAAGCAGAUGUCCUGGGCUACUGUAAAAGAUGGCCAUCUGCACUUUGGGAUUUACGCUGGGGAGAGACAUACAAAGUCUGUUGAUGAAGCACUUGCAUCUGAAAGUAAGGGAUUCCAAGAAUGA